AUGUUCGGCAUGUUCGGCAUUAUCGGAUCUGUCGGCAAAAUCAAGUGCUCCGGCGACGAUCCGUGCAACAACUGCCAGCGGCGAGGGGUGAAAUGCGAAUUCAAUGAAGGGACAAAUCGCGUUGUGGUAUCCGAAAGGUAUCUUCGACAAUUAGAGGCACAGGUCCGAGGCCAGCAAACCCAUGUCGCGUCACAGAGAUCUGCGGCAACUCCGCCGCAAUACUCCUCCGGGGAACAGCACGAAUUCAGUCCCGAAAAGUCCGCCGAUGCUGCCGUUGAUAUCCCAGAGUUUGUGGGGAUAUCAAGUGAAGAAUCCUCGCCAACACCGACGAUAAGCGAUACCCCAAUUUGGCUUGCCCCUUCAUCCAUGUGGUCGUUUACUACUCGGCUGUCCAUUCUGAUGUCCGAGACCUUACAUUACAAGUACCCAGAGAGCGCUCCGACUCUGAUAGAGAAGGAAGUAUAUCCACUGAGAUGGGAAUGUUAUGCUACUAAAGAACGGCCCGAUAUUAGUGGCUUGCCAUCUCUCGACUACGCCCUGUAUCUCUUCGAUACUGUCAAAUUUCAUCUUGGUCAGAGCUAUCGAUUCUUCGAUGAAGAGCAAUUUAUCCAAAAUUUGAACGAGUUCUACCAUGGUGAUCCGAUAAGGAUGGCGAGCGAGCAGCGACUUUGGUUCAUACAGUAUCUCCUAGUCCUUUCAUUUGGAUCAGCAUUCCUUUCCCGUACGAAAAGUGACGACCCACCGGGAUCACACUUCUUCCUUCGUGCGAUGUCACUGAUGCCAAAUCACUCAUCACUGUGGAAAGAUAGUUUGCUGGCGAUUGAGGUACUUGCCAUGGUUGGAUUGUAUCUGUACUCAAUUGAUCAAAGAGAGUCUGCAUAUAUUUACCUCGGUCAAGCCAUGCGAAUUGCACAGUAUGAAGGACUUCACACUCAAUUGUCUGAAGAACAGCUCGGCACAGAUGUGGUGGCUCGAUGUCGUAACUUAUGGUGGACCCUGUACAUCAUGGACCGCCAUUUCUCAUAUUCUGUUGGACUUCCGAUGUCUGCUCAAGACAGCGAUAUCAGCACCCCAAUCGAGCCUUGCACAGCUUCUCAUCGGGAUGUAGCAUUAAGUCUACAAGCCAAACUAUCUCACUUACUGUCCUCGAUUCUAACCAGCAUCAAGUCUGCCUCUAAAACCCUCCAAAUCUUAUCGCACAGCGACAGUCUUCUCGAGGUUUUCUUACUUUACAAUCUCGAGUUUACAUAUGCAGCAGCGAUUCAUCUGGCAAUGGCGAGCGCUUUAUUUCCAGAGGCACUUGAUGGCCAAGCUUCUGUGAUUGAUGCUCAUUCUAUCCUGGACCAAAUGAUCAACAAUGGCAAUAAGAUAGCCCAGGUUCGAAAAGAUGAGUUGGUUUACAUUGAAAGUUUAUUCUUGGAGGUAGCAACCCGCGCUGAGACCAACGGAAUGCAGCCUCUUACUCUUUCCCACACGACUCAAGAGGGUGACAGGUCCUCUCGCGACGUCAAGGCAGAGGUGGAAGCUGAGAAAGAUCCACAUGGGAAUUCUGUGAAUGAUAUGGCGCUGGAUGAUAUUUCUGGUUUUGGAUACCCUCAUUCGUCUUACGCUGCAGACCCGAUCCCGAGCGCCGAACUCCUUGACAACAUCGGGAUUUCCCCAGUUGAAUUUUUGGCUAUAGUGGAUCAAAUUGGGAAUCCUGAGGCUUCUUAUUCAAUUUUGGAUCUGCGACAUGAAAAUGAAAUGCUAUGA